UUAGAGACUAGGGGACUUUUUUUAUUCUUAAAAUUUUUUUUAGCAAUUUCCCAAGGCAUAUUCUUUAGACAUCACUGAUACUGGUGAGAUGCCUUAUGAACUGAGUAGGUGUGGAUUUCCCUUGUAAAUUGAGGAUGAUUAUAUGAAGUAGGUUUUGUUUUCUUCUGUUUACUUGAAAUUGAAUGGAAUCUGUUGAAGGGUUAUUGAAAUUGUUUGCAUCACAAGUAGGUAGUUUGAGCAGCAGGAUAGGGACACUCAUUAAGGAUCAAAUUUCAAUUCGCACAUAUUUGUUUUUUCUUUUUCAUUUUUUUGACUAAUUUGGUUAUUUGCCAUUUCUGGGGAUUAAACUUUAAAAAAUGUUCUUCUUUUCUGUAUCUGAUGUUCUGUGUGCUAUUAGUGAUGCAGCCAACACGAACGGUUGUCAUGUGUAACACAACUUUCGAUCACCGCGAAAACACCGUCCUGGGAAAGCGUCCAUGCUUGAUAUCGUUUGGUUCAUGAACAUUAAGUUUCCAGUACAGGUAAAAUCCCAGAGGAAUCCAAAGCCCUCUCUUUAUUGGCUCCUGCUCCAACCAUGACAAGUCUGAUGCCUGGUGCAGGAUUGCUUCCUAUACCAACCCCAAAUCCUUUGACUACACUUGGAGUUUCACUUAGCAGUUUGGGAGCUAUACCAGCAGCAGCGCUAGAUCCCAACAUUGCAACACUUGGAGAGAUACCACAACCACCACUAAUGGGAAAUGUAGAUCCUUCCAAAAUUGAUGAAAUUAGGAGAACAGUCUAUGUUGGAAAUUUGAAUUCCCAGACAACGACAGCUGAUCAACUACUUGAAUUUUUUAAACAAGUUGGAGAAGUGAAGUUUGUGCGGAUGGCAGGUGAUGAGACUCAGCCAACUCGGUUUGCUUUUGUGGAAUUUGCAGACCAAAAUUCUGUACCAAGGGCCCUUGCUUUUAAUGGAGUUAUGUUUGGAGACAGGCCACUGAAAAUAAAUCACUCCAACAAUGCAAUAGUAAAACCCCCUGAGAUGACACCUCAGGCUGCAGCUAAAGAAUUAGAAGAAGUAAUGAAGCGAGUACGGGAGGCUCAAUCAUUUAUCUCAGCAGCCAUUGAACCAGAGUCUGGAAAGAGCAGUGAAAGAAAAGGCGGUCGAUCUCGUUCCCACACUCGCUCAAAGUCCAGGUCUAGCUCAAAAUCCCAUUCUAGAAGGAAAAGAUCACAGUCAAAACACAGGAGUAGAUCCCAUAACAGAUCACGUUCAAGACAGAAGGAUAGACGUAGAUCUAAGAGCCCACAUAAAAAACGCUCUAAAUCAAGGGAGAGACGGAAAUCAAGGAGUCGUUCACGUUCACGGGACAAGAGAAAAGAUACUCGGGAAAAGAUGAAGGAAAAGGAAAGAGUUAAAGAGAAAGAUAGAGAAAAGGAAAGGGAAAAAGAGAGAGAGAGGGAAAAGGAACGUGAAAAAGAAAAGGAACGGGGGAAAAACAAAGACCGGGACAAAGAACGAGAAAAAGAACGGGAAAAGGACAAGGAAAAGGACAGAGACAAGGAGCGGGAAAAAGAGCAUGAAAAGGAACGAGACAAAGAGAAGGAAAAGGAACAGGACAAAGAAAAGGAACGAGAAAAGGACAGAUCCAAAGAGAUAGAUGAAAAAAGGAAGAAGGAUAAAAAGUCCAGAACACCACCCAGAAGUUACAAUGCAUCAAGAAGAUCUCGUAGUUCCAGCAGGGGGGAUAGGCGCAGGAGGAGAAGCAGGAGUUCUUCCAGGUCACCGAGAACAUCAAAAGCCAUAAAAAGGAAAUCUUCCAGGUCUCCAUCCCCUAGAAGCAGAAAUAAGAAGGAUAAAAAGAGAGAAAAAGAAAGGGACCACAUGAAUGAAAGACGAGAAAGAGAGCGUCCAACCUCUACAAGAAAGAGUUCUAAUGAUAGAGAUGGGAAGGAGAAGCUGGAGAAGAACAGUACUUCAGUUAAAGAGAAGGAGCACAGUAAAGAACCAGAUUCAAGUGUGGGUAAGGAAGUAGAUGAUAAGGAUACACCAAGGACCGAAGAAAAUAAAGUACAGCAAAAUGGAAAUUGUCAGCCAAAUGAAGAAAACCUCUCUACCAAAACAGAAGCUGUAUAGGACCAACCAGUGCAACUCUACGCUCAAUGCUGGAAUGAAAUCCAAAGCUUUUAAUUCUCUCAACAAGAUGUAAACAGGGAAGAAAUCUAGUUGAGCAUAAAGAUAGGUACACCAUUUGUCAGGUGAUGUCAUGGACAUCUUGUUACUGAGUAAGGAGAUAAAGCACGGACAUUGUGAAAGUACCACAGAUUACCCAAACUCUUCAUUUCUGAAAUCUGUGUAUUUCCAUGAUGGCUGACACACUUGUCAUGUGGUUUGUUAGUGUUUGCCAAGAACCAUUGCAAAUAAAUUGACCAUCAGUCAUCCAAAUUUGUACUAUCCCUAAAGACUGGAGAUAAGCAUUGGUGGCUCUUUAAAAAAAUGCUAGUUACUUAAUUUUGUAUUGUUUUACUUUUUUAAAAGAAAAAUGUCAGUAUAUACAAUUUGAUGAUGUGCUUGAAAUUGGUGCAAAUAUAUACACACAAUUGUAAGUGCAAAGUAUGUAAGAAGUUUUAACAUUUACUUCACAGGAUUUAAAGUAAUUGUG